UGUGACAUAUAAAAGACACAACGGAUCAAGAAUCUUUAGCAAAAUGAAUCUAAUUCUUGUAGCGUUUACAUGUCUUCUACUCCCGCUUCUGGGAUCGACGCAAUUCAUAGACACGGACUGCGAGAAUGGAACUGUGGCCAACUCCACGUCGAGACCCUGGAUGGCUUUUCUCUACUCAACUGAAGGAAGAUUCAUUUGUUUCGGAUCUCUGAUCACAAACCGACUUGUUCUAACUGCUGCUCAUUGCAUUCUUCCUAAAACUGCUACAGUUGCUCGGCUGGGAGACUACGACGAUGCGCAUAAUCAAGUAGUGGCUAGGGUGCAAAGUAGCCACAUGCACCGACUUUACAACCAAAGAAAUCUGACCAACGACAUUGCCAUUCUCGCUCUGGACAGGAAAGUGGAGUACACAGAUAAGAUCAGGCCCAUCUGCAUCGUACGAGACACCAGAUGGAGGAAGAGCAUCGACUCCUUGAACCCACUGACUGGCGCUGGAUGGGCCAAGAUGGAGUCUAAGAGUGACAGUGCCAAAAUAAGAACUCUGGAAUUAGUACGCAGACAACCGGCGAUUUGUCAGAUUGAUGCCACUACUCCACUGACGACCAGCCAGUUCUGCGCGGGCAGCGGGGAAAGCAAUCUGGGUAACGGCGAUUCCGGCGGUCCGGUGGGAGGUUUGAUCCAAUUCGGAAAAUCGCAACGUUUCAUUCAAGUCGGAAUCGCUAGCUUCAUGUACGGUAGAUCCGCAGAGGCAAGCGUUUUCACGGAUGUCCUGAGCUAUGUCGACUGGAUCCUCGCAGUCCAUAACCACCACAAAUAACUUCUUUCUUGUAAAUUGAAUCAGAUUAAAAAUUGUUUUCCAAUAAAUGCAAAAGGAAUGAUAAUGG